UUGCAUAUCUUUUAGCUAUUAUUUUUGAUAUUUCAAUCUAAGUUGUUUGCAAUCUGGUCAACCCAUGGACGUCUCAUUUACACUGGCUAUCGGCGGAUUGAGCGUAGACGAUUUGCAGAAUACGAGAGGAUUCAUCGGGUUUUAAAGACGAUGUAAUAGCUUUUGCUAUCUGUAUUGCCUGAGCAAUGCAGUUUCCAUGACUUCUGCCACUAUCCCUUAUAUCAAUAGUACAAGUACUUUCAACAGCAUUGACGAGGUUCCUUUUGAGCUGGCUGAGAUUGCAAUUCUAAAACUAGAUAUCACCCUGCACAAAGCAGAGCAAAAACUGUGUCUGCUAAUGAGGGAGCCGGUCAAGCAAAUUCUUCUACAUAAUGUAUGUCUUGACUAGAUUGCAUUAAAGGCUUGUGCGUGUCAUGGAUUUGUAAUAGUUAUCAGGCACUAUGUCAAGCAGAGCUCGUUAAUAUUUUAUGACGCGGUCGGAAAAUAUGGAUGGAAUUGAAACACUAAGCUGUUUCAAUAUGCAUUCACGUGUAAUUGCCAGCGACCGAAUUUCGUGUAGGUGAUGAGUGAAUAACAGGCUUCUGAUCUUGACACCCGAAGUCGUGUCGAAUUAGUAAAUUAGUAGCAAUUUCUUUUAUCACUGAGUCCUUGUCAACUUGCUCAUUUAGCUGCGCUCAACAGGACCCGAACUGCGUAAAUAAAGCAAUUUUUUCCGCCGAUGGCGAAAGGAUCAAUUCUUU